UAGUAAGAGCAAGGCAGGCGGACAGGACCUACUUAGUAACUCCUUAGACUUCCUGAAGUGAGCAGUGCCUCAACAUGUAGCUACAAACACAGGGUAACCGUUCAGAUUGCGAAUCCUUGGACACAACAAGGGAGGGAAGCCUCCCCUACGACCAAGAGUAAUAAAGCAUGUCCCUGUGGCGAUACCUGACGCUUCUCUUGGCCACAGCUGUUUACAUAUGCAAAGCUGAGAAAUGUGAUCACCGGGUGGAUUUACGGCUGGGUCACGCGAUCAUCGGCACCACUCUGAGGAUGAAGUUGUUGCUGUUCACAAGGGACACUAUUCAUUGCAGCUCACUCCUGUCUCACAGCAACCUGUCAGCCGACCCUAACUUCAACCUGUCAAGGCCCACCACCUUUGUCAUCCAUGGGUAUCGGCCCACGGGUUCUCCCCCCAAUUGGGCUGACCAGUUCACAGAGCUGCUUCUGGCCAGGAAAGACCUCAAUGUAAUAUAUGUGGACUGGAAUUACGGAGCUGCUAAUUUAAAUUAUUUCAAGGUGGUGGAGAACACACACAAGGCAGCACACAACCUCACUGCCUUUGUUAAAAAGAUGCAGGAGCACGGUGCCUCUCUAAACGACAUUCACAUGAUUGGAGUCAGUCUCGGUGCUCACAUUUCUGGUUUUGUGGGGGCUAACCUGGAUGGGGCUAUUGGAAGAAUUACAGCUUUGGAUCCGGCUGGACCUCAGUUCACUGGAGCCCCCCCAGAGGACCGCUUGGACCCCACAGACGCCCUGUUUGUGGAUGCUCUGCACACAGACAUAGACGCUCUGGGCUACAGAGAAGCUGUAGGUCACAUUGAUUUUUACGCCAAUGGAGGAACAGAUCAGCCUGGCUGCCCCAAAACCAUCCUUUCAGGAAGUGCCUACUUUAAAUGUGACCACCAGAGAUCAGUGUACCUUUUCUUUGAGUCCUUGAAACACACUUGCAGCAGCAGAGCCUUCCCAUGCGCCUCCUACAGGGACUUCCUGGACGGCAACUGCAUGAGCUGUGACCGCUUUGGCGACGCCGGAUGCCCUGUUUUUGGUUAUGACAUUGACAAAUGGAAAGAUGUCUUGGUGAGGAUGGGCCAAACAAAAACAUUCUUCUUCACCAAUAGAAAGUCUCCAUUCUGCAUGACAAACUACAGGCUGGAUGUGGUAAUAUGGAACGAGGAAGUACACUGGGGAUACAUUACCGUUAAACUACAUGGCAAUGGCACAGAUGCUGUGGCAAAGAUCGACCACAAAGCAUCCGAAUUUAAGAAAUACAACGAGACUGCGUUGUUUGCCACGUUUGACACAGACCUCCUGUCAGUCAAAAAGAUGUCUCUCAUGUUCUCCACCGGGAACGUUUUCCAGCCCAAAUACAAACUGCGUGUUCUCCGGGUUCGCCUCACACAUCUGGAACGUAACGACAGGUACACUAUUCAAAUAUUUAGCCACAUUUUUUUCCAAUUAUUAUACCUUUGUUUACCUGUGUCCUAUAGGCCGCUAUGUCGCUAUGACCUCAUCCUAGCAGAGGACAAAGAGGUCACCUUCUCUCCUCUUCCCUGCCAAGAGUCCAACUUUUGAGGCAAAAUAAGUUCAUGCUGCAGCAUACAAUCAACGUCAAAUAUCCAACGUACUGUCUUUUUUUUCAUCUUUAUCAUUUUUCACAAACCUCAUUCUGUUCUCCAUGACAAAAAACUUUAAGAAAAUAACAUGACAGUAUUGCCUGUGUUCAUUAAGUGAAUGUAAAUAGACUGUAAAUGCAGAUCUACAUAUAUCUUCCAUUGCACUUAUGUU